AUGCCUGUAAACCCAGCACUGAAGAGGCUGCGGCAGGAGAAGCACCUCAAGUUCAAGGACAGCUUAGGCUGCACAGUGAGACUGUCUCGUGAAAGCAAAAAUGCUAGAACCUGGAACACAGAAGCCCAGUGGGAACUGUGGAAAUCGAAGCUUGGCUGCCAGUGUAGGGACGGCCAAAGUCCCACAGGGAGCGCUGUGUGGCCCAGGGCCUCCACCUCACAGAGACCUCUGGUCGCCCUGCUGUCCCGUUCUCACUGGUGUUAUUUCAUCCUGGAAUAUCCAUAUAACCCUCUCCUUCGCUUUGUGGAUCUCUUGAGUUUUACAGGAGGCCUGAUCGCCGCACAGUUUGCCAGCGAGUACAUGAAAGAAGUCGCUUCCUUGCUGCAGAAUGAGAAGACCAUGUCAGCCAAGACCAAGAUCCUGCUGCUGCAGGCGGUGUCCUGCUGGUGCUACUUAAACCCCGCCAGCCAGAACAAGGCCAAACAACUGCAGUUUAUUCCCAUUUUCGUAACUUUCUUCGAGUCUCCCUUUCAUUCCACCAACAAGAAUGAACUAAACAACCACCUCCAGAUUCAGUUUUGGAUCUGCUAUGCUCUCUCUGCCAUGACCUGUAACAACUUAUCUGUCAUGCAGGAGCUGAGAUCUUACAGCUCUCUAAAAUAUCACCUGCAGAUCUUGGCUAUGGAGAACUGGUCUGGGUGGUCUGAAAAUUUUGCCGAGGUCUUAUAUUUCCUAAUAGGUUUUCACAGGAAUUAA